GUAGGAUCUACUGGAUGAGGAGAUCAGGACACCUUGUUUGGUGAUUCCCAGAUCCUGCAGCAGGACAAGUGCCCAGCCAGGAGGAUAGCGCCCAAAGCUGGCAGAUCGGGAGAGAAGAGUGGGGUGCAGGGGGGGAAGAGUUGGAGAUGCUGCUCUGGACUUUCCUGUUGCCUCUCGGGCUCCUCUGUGCAGCCUUGGCAAGUGCCUCACAGUGCGGGAUGGAGGAGCGUUCACAGCGGGCGCGGAGGACGGUGCGGAAGAGCCGCAGUCUGCGCAGCGUCCAGGAGGGCUCCUGCGCUACCAGCCUUGCCCGAGGCCGCCGGUCCCUCUCCAGCCUAGAGCACCUGAGACUCUAUCAUCAUCGUCAUCAUCAUCAUCAGCGAGAGGGGCAUGAAGGUGCUGCGGAGUUCCUGCCCCCCGGGAGAGCUCUCUAUUUCACCGGGCACGGGGACCAGCUGCGCCUCAAGGCGGAUAAUGAGCUGCCAGGGGACACUUUCACCUUACAAUUUUGGCUCAGAGCCGAGGGAGGGCAGAGGUCCCCAGCAGUUAUUGCAGGACUGUAUGACAAAUGUACUUAUACUUCUCAUGACCGUGGAUGGGUCCUUGGAAUUGAGGCUAUGAGUGACCAGGGUACAAGAGAUCCACGCUAUUUCUUCUCCUUAAAGACAGAUCGUGCUCGCAAAAAGACCACCAUCACUGCUCAUCGUAACUACCUCCCUAAUCAGUGGAUUCAUCUGUCUGUAACUUACAAUGGCCGCAUAUUGAAACUCUACAUCAAUGGGGCUCAAGUAGCAUCAAGUAGUGAACAAGUUGGCCCAGUCUUCAGCACUUUUGCCCGGAAAUGUAAAACUCUAAUGAUUGGAGGAAAUGCUCAAAAUCAGAAUUACAGAGGCUAUAUCGAACAAUUUAAGCUCUGGAAAAUAGCUCGAACCCAGAAAGAAAUAUUGCUGGAUAUGGGCCAGGCAUUUCAUGGACUGAGCACUUCUCUACCUCAACUUGUUCUUCAGGAUAGCUUUAAGAAUGUGAACACCAACUGGUUUCGUGUAGAUGGUAAAUAUGGUAAAAUGCCACAAACAUCUAACAUCUAUCUUCAUGUUUCAUCAUUGGACACAAAUUUAGAUCUUCCCCAGUGCGGGCAAACUCUUUGUGACAAUAUAGACGUAAUAUCUAGCUACAACAGAGUUGGAGGUUUUCGCAGACCUAGAGUUGUACGGUAUACAGUGAUCAAUGUUUUCGAUGACAACCAUGAAAACCCAACAGUAACCAAAGAACAAAUCGAGCUUCAGCAUAAAAAGCUUAAUGAGGCUUUCAACCCAUACAACAUCACGUGGGAACUAAAUGUAUUAGAAAGAAAUGACUCCUUUCUACGAUACCGACUCAUCCUUACUAACUGUGACAUUACAAAGAUCGGCAGCACUGAGUGUGAUCCAGAAUGCAAUCAUAAACUCACUGGAUAUGAUGGCGGUGAUUGUCGGGGACGCAGCUCUUGCCUAUAUUCCAGCAGGAAAGAAAACAGCGUUUGUGAUAUGGACUGCAACAUCGAGGAAUUGAAUUAUGAUGGCGGGGCUUGUUGUAAUCCAAAUGUUACUGAUGUCACAAAGACUUGCUUUGAUCCAAAGUCACCUAACAGGGCUUACUUAGAUUUGAAUGAGCUGAAGCAUAGACUCAAUGUGACUGGAUCAACUCAGCUCAACAUAUUCUUUGCAAACUCAUCAGAAGAGGAGCUGGCUGGGGUUGCCACAUGGCCAUGGGAUAAAGAAGUUCUUACUCAUCUUGGUGGCAUUGUUAUGAAUCCAAAAUUCUUUGGAGUUCCUGGCCACACACAUACCAUGAUCCAUGAAAUCGGACAUAGCUUGGGACUGUACCAUGUCUUCCGUGGUAUUUCAGAGAUUCUCUCUUGUAGUGACCCAUGUAUGGAAACAGAUCCUUCCUAUGAGACAGGAGAUCUCUGCCGUGAUACCAACCCAUCCCCAAAGCAUAAAACAUGUGGAGAUCCUGUCCCUGGACCAGGAAAUGACACUUGCGGCUUUCAAACAUUUCACAACACUCCUUAUAAUAACUACAUGAGCUACACAGAUGAUGACUGCACUGACUCCUUCACUCCCAAUCAAGUUGCCAGAAUGCACUGCUAUCUGGACUUGGUUUACCAAGGAUGGCAGCCAUCCUUCAAACCAUCGCCAGUAGCGAUUGCUCCACAGAUUGUACAGCACACCGUUACCUCAGUCACCCUGGAGUGGUUUCCACCCAUUGAUGGAUACAUCUUUGAAAGAGAUUUGGGAUCGGCGUGUCACUUGUGUGUGGAGAAAAGGAUCUUGGUUCAGUAUGGUUCAAAUGCAUCUUCUCCAGUGCCCUGUAGCCCAUCUGGUCAUUGGAGCCCUAGAGAAGCUGAAGGACGCCCUGAUGUGGAGCAGCCAUGUGAAACAAGUGUCCGGACAUGGAGCCCUGGAGCAAAUGACAACUCUGUCCCUCCUGUUUGUAAUGAGCCUCAUGGAUGUUAUCUGCAGCUGGAGUUUACAUACCCAGUGGUUCCACAGACUCUAACAAUUUGGGUGACAUUUGUAACUACAGACUUAUACACAUAUGGAGCAGAGGUGGAAGUCAAACUUCUCUAUGUCAAUGGAGAGAAUUCAUCACUAGGCAUUCAAAGUAUCUUUUGUGAUGUUCCUCUGACCAUCCAGUUAGACCACGUUAAAGUUGAGGUAUAUGCCAUUCAGAUCUACACCAAGGAUAACCAAAUGGAGAUUGAUGGUGCUAUGAUCACCUCGGUGCCUGACUGUCCAUUGUGUGCAGACUGCAAGCCAAUUCACUACAACGUUCUUCGAGACCCACCUUUUCCACCUGGUACGUCUACUUUGACCUCCAGCCUUCAGAGAAGGUACAUAGACAGAGAUCUGAAACAUGGACGUGUCUACAAAUACCAGAUUGUGACAGUCACUGCAAAUGGAGAGAGCGAGUCAUCUCCAAAACUGGAUUAUCAUCAUGGCAAUGGAUACUGCGGGGAUGGAAUAAUCCAAAAAGAUCUAGGUGAACAGUGUGAUGAUAUAAAUAAGAUAAAUGGCGAUGGCUGCUCUCUCUUCUGUCGUGAGGAGGCAUCUUUCCAUUGUUUGGAUGAACCCAGCAGAUGCUAUUUCCAUGAUGGUGAUGGAGUCUGCGAGGAUUUUGAAAAGAUGACAAGUAUUAAAGACUGUGGGGUAUACACUCCAAAUGGAUUUCAGGAUCAAUGGGCCUCAAACAUUACAGUGUCCCACCAUAAUGACCAAGAGUGCCCUGGAUGGGUAGUCAUUGGUCAGCCUGCAGCUACUCAGGUUUGCCAAACCAAAGUGAUGAAGCUAAAUCCUACAGUGUCCCAAUAUGCUUGGUAUCCAUGCAUAGUAAACUCAGAUGUAAUGAAUUUCUGGCUAAAGGCCCAUUUCUCUCAACAUGUGGUUGUUGCUGCAGUUGUAGUUCACCUGGUGACAGAUGGGACAUCUUACAGUUACCAGAAGCCAGAGACCAUCAGUGUUAAUCUGAUUGAUGUCAAGGAACAAAUGCAUGAUCUUGGUGUUCAUAUUCUUAGCUGCCGUAAAAAUCCUUUGGUGAUUCCUGUGAUGCAUGAUCUCAGUCUGCCUUUUUACCACAGUAAAGCUGUCCUCAUAAGCUUUUCUUCCAAUUUGGUGGCUAUCUCCGGGGUGGCUCUGCGGUCCUUUCAUGAUUUUGACCCAAUCAAAAUUAGCAGCUGCCAAAGUGGAGAAAUUUAUAGUGCGGCUGAGCAGAGCUGCAUUCAUUAUUCUUGUGAGGACACUGACUGUCAAGAAUUAAAGGUUGAAAAUGCUGCCCUGAACUGUACCGAUGGGCACUACAACGGAGCACAGUGUGAAGUGAACUGUCACACUGGUUAUAGGCUAAAAAUACACCGGAAUCACAGGCAUGAUGGAAUCCUAAAAACACAGAUUGAUUCUCGAAUUAUAGUAACAUGCAGAGAUGGAAAGUGGAGCAGGCAGGUCACCUGUGAACCAGUUGAUUGUGGCCCCCCUGACAAGAACCACAUCUAUUAUGCAUCAUUCUGUUGUCCAUAUGGCACCACUUAUGGAAAACAAUGCACUUUUCAGUGUUACCAUCCUGCUCGAAUGAGAGGUUCCAAAAAUUCGUUAACAUGCUUGGAGGACGGUCUCUGGUCAUUUCCAGAAGCCAUCUGUGAACUUAUGUGCAUGGCACCUCCACCUUUUCCGAAUGCUGAUCUGCAGACAGCCCGCUGCCUUUCUAAUGGUCACAAGGUGGGCUCUUCCUGCAAGUAUAAGUGUAAGGUGGGAUAUCAUGUACCUGAUGCAACAAAGAAGAUAAGGAAGAAGGCAUUUAAAAUUCAGUGCACUAAGGAUGGGGCCUGGCAGUUUGGACAAUGUGUCCCUGUAAUGUGCGAACCUCCUCAUAUUAAGUUCAUGGGGCUUUACCAGUGCACCAACGGAUUUCAGUAUAACAGCGAAUGUAGACUGCCAUGCAAUGACGGCAAUAACCAGUCGGACUUUGGACAUAAUAUUAUUCGCUGUCAAAAGGAUGGGACUUGGACUGGCAAUUUUCAACUAUGUGACUCAAUGAAAGGACCUUGUGAACCUCCCCACCUUUCUGCUAUUGACCCACUGGUUAUUGACUGCGCACAAGGAUUUGAAAUUGGAGCCGAAUGCAACGUUACUUGUUUGGAGGAUGCAAAGAAAGAAGUAGUCAUAAUGCCACCAAAUGUGACAGAAAGAAACCUACAGCACUGGAUGAAUCCUAAAAGAGUGCAGAAAAUUAUUUGUACAGGAAGGAGGCAAUGGUAUCCACUACCGGAAGGGCUUCACUGCAUCAAGAGGUGUGAUCCAUUUAUUGCAGACAAUUAUUGUGAUGGGGUAAAUAACUGGGCUUUUUGUGACUAUGAUGGGGGAGAUUGCUGUACCUCCACUGUUAAAACAAAAAGGGUAUUUCCAUUUCCUGCAGGCUGUGAUAUACAGGAGAAGUGUGCAUGCCUGGACCCCAAUGCAAUGGAAAACAUUCCGAAUACUCAAAGUCCAAAUCAUGGAUAGCAUUUUGUACAGUUCGCAUGACCACAACUGAUGGCAGACUGGAAAACACAUUGCAUUCCUUAUGUUAUUUUUAUGAUAGCUGCUGAACUGGAUUACGUUUCUCCAUAAGAAAACAUUGCAUACUGACCAGUCUGACAUUUUCUAGAUAAAUGAAGAGCUGCGAUUUAUGCAUUAUGAUCUGAACGCCAUAAGGAACAAACACAGAAAUAAUAGAAGUAUUAAGCUGUGGUAUGGCCAGAAGAAGACAAAAUACAAGCCAUAAACACAUUGAUUUUUCAGCCAGUUAGACUGAACAUUUCAGUCCUCCUUUUCCCAUGCAGAUGGUAGACUGUGAAGAUUUCAAGGUGAAAUAGGAGUGACAAAUGAAACUAGAACUUUAUGUUUAGGUUUGCAGUUGAUGCAAGCUUUAGUGUUUCCAUCAAACCUUGAGCUGUGCACUUUUCCUGUUGAAAGGUCUGUUAAGGAUGAGAUCUAACUGCCUUAUAACAGAGAUAAUUUAUCCCAAUGCCACCAAAACCUAACACUAGUUGUUUGAGCAUAACCGUUGCUGCUAUUCCUGCUGCUAUGUCCCAUACAGCCAUUCUCCUACUGUGUCAGGUCAAGUCGAAAUAACCAGUCUGCCUUAAAUCUUGUAUUUAGCAUGACAUUACACCCUCAGGCCUCGUCCUUACAAAAAUAUUACAGGGACCAAAAUCAGCUACUUUGAGAUGGGUUAAAGCCUCCAUGUAACGUUUAGCAGGAAGCUUCAACACCUAAGAUUGGUAGUUUUUUUUUUUUUGAGUCAGUACUGCAUUGCAUUCAAUGAGGUCUUCUGCUGCUCCGUAAUACACUUGGGUUUUAGAUGGUCUAUAAAAUUAAGUGGUUUUUAUCAGUAUUAUAUUUGGGUUGAGUCCAUGAAAACUUAGUCCCCUUGCAGAUGAGCCUGAGCAUAUUAGGUCCGGAUGCGUUGCGGAUGCGUUCAGUGAAAAAUGUGCGAUUUCACAAGCAAGUCCAUUCAGUUUUGUUU